UCGGGUGACAACAAAGAAAUCAAACCAUUCACACUCUGUUGUCUCCGAAAUUGCAUCUCAUCCCUCAUAUUAACCCUUUCUUUUAGGCCUCCCUUUGCUAUUAUUCCCCCCUUCAUUCUUCCAUUUCUGCUUCUCACGUUCAUUUCCUCCCACAUUUCAAUCCACAUUCUCUUAGAUCUUUUUUCUUUUCUCGGUAGCAUAAGAUGGCAGACGGCGAGGAUAUUCAGCCCCUUGUUUGCGAUAAUGGAACUGGAAUGGUUAAGGCUGGAUUUGCGGGUGAUGAUGCACCACGAGCUGUGUUCCCAAGUAUUGUGGGUCGUCCACGUCAUACUGGUGUGAUGGUUGGCAUGGGCCAAAAAGAUGCAUAUGUUGGUGAUGAGGCUCAGUCCAAGAGAGGUAUCUUGACACUCAAGUACCCGAUUGAGCAUGGUAUUGUUAGCAACUGGGAUGACAUGGAGAAGAUAUGGCAUCACACAUUCUACAAUGAGCUCCGUGUAGCUCCAGAAGAACACCCAGUUCUUCUUACUGAAGCACCUUUGAACCCAAAGGCCAAUCGUGAGAAGAUGACUCAGAUUAUGUUUGAGACAUUCAACACUCCUGCUAUGUAUGUUGCCAUUCAGGCUGUCCUUUCCCUCUAUGCUAGUGGUCGUACAACCGGCAUUGUCUUGGAUUCUGGGGAUGGUGUUAGUCACACAGUUCCAAUCUACGAGGGUUAUGCUCUUCCCCACGCUAUCCUUCGUCUUGACUUGGCUGGACGUGACCUAACUGAUGCUCUAAUGAAGAUCCUCACUGAGCGUGGGUACUCUUUCACUACAUCAGCAGAGCGGGAAAUCGUGAGAGACAUGAAAGAAAAGCUGGCUUACAUAGCCCUUGACUAUGAGCAAGAACUCGAGACUUCCAAAACUAGCUCUGCUGUGGAGAAGAGUUAUGAGCUGCCCGAUGGUCAGGUGAUCACCAUUGGUGCUGAGAGGUUCCGAUGCCCAGAAGUUCUGUUCCAGCCAUCUAUGAUAGGGAUGGAAGCUGCCGGUAUUCAUGAGACUACAUAUAAUUCUAUCAUGAAGUGCGAUGUCGACAUUAGGAAGGAUCUGUAUGGAAACAUUGUGCUUAGUGGUGGUACAACAAUGUUCCCUGGAAUUGCUGAUAGGAUGAGCAAAGAGAUUACGGCUUUGGCACCAAGCAGCAUGAAGAUUAAGGUCGUUGCACCACCCGAGAGGAAGUACAGUGUCUGGAUUGGUGGAUCUAUCUUGGCAUCCCUCAGUACCUUCCAGCAGAUGUGGAUAGCAAAGGCAGAGUACGAUGAGUCUGGUCCAUCGAUUGUGCAUAGAAAAUGCUUCUAAUUUAUGGAACUUGGAUGUUCGUAUGCUGCUUCCUACCCAUUAUAAAUUUCGACUUAUUCUUUUUCGAUUAAUUACUAUAUUACAUAUAUGGUUUGUGAAAUUUGGUUGAAAUCAACAAGACUAUGAUAUUGUAUGGUAUGUUUCACAAUUCUUUAAUAUUAAUCUUGUUUUUAGAA